CCGCAGUGGCCGGCCCCCUCUCUGCUGCUUUCUAGAAGAGAAGAGUGCACUCACUCACUGAUAAUCUUUUCGGCGCCUCUAUCAUCUCUUUCCUCAUAAAGGAAUCAAAAUGCGUGAGUGUAUCUCAGUUCAUGUAGGUCAGGCUGGAGUCCAGAUGGGCAAUGCAUGCUGGGAACUCUACUGUAUGGAGCACGGGAUCCAGCCAGACGGACAGAUGCCCAGUGACAAGACCAUCGGAGGAGGAGACGACUCCUUCAACACCUUCUUCAGUGAGACUGGAGCUGGCAAGCACGUCCCCAGGGCUGUGUUUGUGGAUCUGGAGCCCACUGUCAUUGAUGAGGUGCGCACAGGAACUUACCGCCAGCUCUUCCACCCUGAGCAGCUGAUCACUGGGAAGGAGGAUGCAGCCAACAACUACGCCCGUGGGCAUUACACCAUAGGCAAAGAGAUCAUUGACAUGGUUCUGGACAGGAUUCGCAAACUGGCUGACCAAUGCACUGGCCUCCAGGGCUUCCUGGUCUUCCACAGCUUUGGAGGAGGCACUGGUUCUGGUUUCACCUCCCUGUUGAUGGAACGCCUCUCUGUUGACUACGGAAAGAAGUCCAAGCUUGAGUUCUCCAUCUAUCCAGCUCCUCAGGUGUCCACAGCUGUUGUUGAGCCCUACAAUGCCAUCCUGACCACCCACACCACCCUGGAGCACUCUGAUUGUGCUUUCAUGGUAGACAAUGAGGCUAUCUAUGACAUCUGCCGUAGGAACCUUGAUAUUGAGCGUCCUUCCUACACCAAUCUUAACAGGUUGAUUGGCCAGAUUGUGUCCUCCAUCACUGCUUCCCUCCGAUUCGAUGGUGCCCUCAAUGUUGAUCUGACAGAGUUCCAGACCAACUUGGUGCCCUACCCCCGUAUCCACUUCCCCCUGGCCACCUAUGCCCCAGUGAUCUCGGCAGAGAGGGCUUACCAUGAGCAGCUCUCAGUGUCUGAGAUCACAAAUGCUUGCUUUGAGCCAGCAAAUCAGAUGGUGAAAUGUGACCCACGUCACGGCAAGUACAUGGCCUGCUGUUUGCUGUACCGUGGCGACGUUGUGCCCAAAGAUGUCAAUGCUGCCAUUGCCACCAUCAAAACAAAACGCUCCAUCCAGUUUGUAGACUGGUGCCCAACUGGUUUCAAGGUUGGCAUCAACUACCAGCCCCCAACUGUGGUACCUGGUGGAGAUCUGGCCAAGGUCCAGAGGGCAGUGUGCAUGCUUAGCAACACCACUGCUAUUGCAGAGGCCUGGGCCCGACUUGACCACAAGUUUGAUCUGAUGUACGCCAAGCGUGCUUUUGUGCACUGGUAUGUAGGUGAGGGUAUGGAGGAGGGAGAGUUCUCUGAGGCCAGGGAGGACAUGGCUGCCCUGGAGAAAGAUUAUGAGGAGGUAGGGGUCGACUCCAUUGAGGGAGAGGGAGAAGAGGAGGGAGAGGAGUAUUAAAUAUUUCUUCAUUCCUAUGCCAAAUUCACACAUUCCUAGGUGACCCAGAGCUGAGAAUGACAGAAUUAUUUUUCCUUAUGAUUGUGCCUUGAACAACCAGUAUCAUGAAGUAGCAGGAUGGUAAGGUGUAGCCCACAAAUCUUUUAAAAUGUGCUCACUCACAAAAGCUGAUGUCAUUGCUUCAUCUGUGCGUUUGUGGCGAGAGCCCAAUAAAAUCAAUAAAGGUUA